UGCAGAUCGCUGGAAAUGGUUUAUUCUUGUGGCCAUGCUAAUGUACCACUGAAGUUAAAAAUUUCUGAAGGGCUCUCAUGAAAAUGAAAAAGCACUUCCUGUUUUUAGUGACGCCUUUUAAAAAUAUUGCAUGUUUUGCAGUGCCUCUAAGCUUCCUUAGCUCUGUUCCUGUGGCCCCUUUUCUCUUUCAGUAAUUUUGAGUUAACUUUCUGUGGCUGUUCCCUUCUUGAUUUACUGCCAAACCUCUCCGUCGAGCAGGGAGUUAUACUAUAGGAGAGAGGAAUUCUUUAUCUUCUGUGCUGCCUUUCUCUCCACUCCAUGUAUUUAUUUUCUUAUUUGGGGGUCCAGCCAUUUCUGAGGCUAUGUGAAGCUUCGUAUACAUGAACAGGACCCUCGCAGAGGCACAUAUCAUUACAACGAGUUGCUGCCUAGAACUGGUAUGGCAGGGUUAACACUGCUUCCUGGUUUUGUAUUACCCUAGGAAUUAAUCAUGUUAGUGCCUUUGAGUACCCUUUGGGAUUUCCUGUGUACAGUGACAGUAGCAACUCAGGGCCUCAGGCAGAGAAAAGGUGGGUUUCCCCCACUCAGGUCUCACCUAGAAGGGGAUUUCCAUCUUGCACAAAUCUACUGCACAACUUGCAAUUAUGCAGAUAUAUAAGGCUCAUAACAGUAUGUGGGUAUUUUGUGUGAUCUCUCGGGAGCUGCAAAAGGAUUGUCCACCUCUGUGGUGUUUUCUUUAGGAAGGAGGGAAGAUGUGGGAGUCAGUGACCCCUGCUCGCCCUCCCCUACUCAUAUAUAUGAGGUGUUUUAUUCAAUAUCUGGUACCUUUAGGACUCCUUAAAUCAUCUGGAAGAUGGCAGAAGCAGUAGUGAUUGAUCUGUUCAGUCUACAAAUGAACUCACAAAAUAAUGGCGUUCAGAAGUUAUUAUGUAGCACACUAGAAAGGAUUGAAAAACACUUCUCUGCCAGUGCUCCAUUUGUAUACAUAAUGUGCUACCAAACUCCGAGAAGCGAAAGGAGCAGUGAACAAGAUUCGUUACUUAAAGUAAUCAGCGGUUUUCAGAUUCUGAAGAAAGGAAUUGAGGUUGUGUGCAUGACAAGUACAGCUGCUGCCUUGUACACCAUUAAACAAAAACUAGAUGAAAAGGAUUUAAGCAUCAUUAAAAUCAUUUUACCAGUACAAAGGAAAGCUUUAAUGGAAGUGUUUAUAGACCACCUAUUCACUGCUGUUUACCAGUUCCAGUUUGAGGAUUUUGGGGUGGAUUGUGAAGGAAACAAUCUCCAACAAAUAGCUGAACCUCAGAGUGACAUACAAACACUUUCUGCCCCUGAGAUGGAACUCGUCAGGCGUGAGAUUCAGACAUUCUUGGAAAGUCUGCCACCCCUGAAAGGGAAGCUUACCAUUCUAAAAUCUUCCUUGAUCCCAGGUCACAUCUUCCUACAUGGGUUCACCACGAGGACAGGUGGAAUCUCUUAUAUACCAACACUCAGCUCCUUCAACCUCUUCAGCAGUUCCAAGCGGAGAGAUCCAAAGGCUGUGGUUAAAGAAAAUCUACGUAGGUUAGCUAAUGCUGCAGGUUUUGACCCAGAGACAUUUCACAGUGUGAAGGUCAAUCAUGCCAGUGAUGUUUGGAUUAUGGGAAAGCCCCAGCCUGACAACUAUGAUGGAAUAGUAACGAAUCAGCAAGAUGUUACGAUAGCAGCUCCCGGGGCUGACUGCAUACCUAUGCUUUUUGCUGAUCCUGUCAAAAAAGCAUGUGGAGCUGCUCAUUCUGGAUGGCAAGGCACUUUGUUAGGAGUUGCUAUGGCUACAGUAAAUGCUAUGAUAAAAGAAUAUGGCUGUAACGUUAAGGAUAUACUUGUGGUGCUGGGCCCAUCUGUUGGACCAUGCUGUUUUACACUUCGUCGGGAAUCAGCAAAGGAAUUUUACAGUCUUGAUCCAAAAUGUGUCAGACAGUUUGACUCUCCAACUCCCUAUAUUGAUAUUAGAAGGGCAACACGAAUUCUUCUAGAGACUGGAGGGAUUCUGCCUCAGAACAUACAGGAUGAUUCUGUCACUGACCACAACCAAAGUCUCACUUUCUGCACAGCAUGCCACCCUGAUACAUUUUACUCUCAUGUUCGUGAUGGCACUAACUUUGGCACACAGAUUGGCUUCAUAUCGAUCAGAGACUGAGGUAACGUCCCUUAUCCUUGGGUAGUAACCAGGCAAUAACUGUUAGCAUUACUUGACAUCUUACUCUCCUGAUAGUAGGCCUCUCCCAUUUCCUUCAACUGAUAAGCGCUGAGGAAGAAGUGGAUUUAUCAUAAAGGAUUUGUACCUGUUGGGAUGCCUUAUUCCUCUGUGGGAGGCGAGACCAGCAGCAGAAUUAAAGACCCAAAGACAGGGUUGCAUGGGGAAGUUCUCAUGGAAAGUGGAGAUAUGUGGGAACUAGGCCAUCCAUGCACAACAGCCCCAAACCUUUCUGAAUUAUACCUGCUGUGAUGUUGCACCCCAUAAGGCUUUAUGGAAAUAUGCUUAUGAAUGUAUAUAUGACAUAACUGGAAUAUGUUUUAUGGUAUAUAUGCCAUGUAACAUAUCUCUGUAAAGGUUAUGAUCUACUGAAUCUAUUCAUCCUAUUUGUAUGCAUGUAUCAUUUUUGUAUUCAAAGUUAAGACACAGAAUCAGAGGGACAUAUUGGAGAGGAGAUGUUUCUUUUCUAUUUUGUAUAUUUCUUGGCUCUCAGCUCCCCCUGCCUGUAUGCUGGGUGGACUGAAAUGUUUGAGCUCAUUAUGAAAGUUGCAAAGGGAUCAUUAGUAAUACAUAACCAAAGUUUCAUGAUUUGGUUUCUGCUUAUUUUUUCCCAGUGGAUUUUAAUUUAAGAUGAUUAAAGUUCCUAAGCUAGCUUCACUGGACACCAAGUCCUUUCUUAGUGAACAAGGUCAGUUUCAGGCCGGAAUAAUCAGUGGAAUGCAAAUUUAUACAAUUCCAAGUGAGCUUGAUGGCUCCUCUCAGCAUCUCUGUCUCACUAUAUCUCAUACAGUCUGACCAGCAGGAAUCCUGAGUUUCCAUACAUGCAUCUAAAAUCUCCAUUAACUUUCUUUCCCCGGUUAGGCCUUUACAGUUCAAGCGAGGUUCAAAGCUGAAGAAGGUCAGGUGAGAACUCCUCUUGUGAUAUGGCAAUGGAUAGAUCUCUGUUAUAGGCCUGGAUAGGUCUAUUAUUAUAUUAAACCACCAACUGCUUUCGGCAGCAGUCCCAGAGGUAGAUAAAAUCUGCAACCAUAGCUCCAGUAAACAUAGAACAUAGUUCUGUUGUUGUUGGGGAUGUGGCCAGGUAACCCUCAAUAAAGCUCAGAAACUUUCUUAUUCUCCCACACUGCUUGUUCUUAGUAACCAAUGCUUUCUUACCAGCUUGAGCUUACUCUAGACACUUCUCUGCUUGAUCUAAACUCAAGAAAAAAAAGAAACCUGUUUUAACCCCAUUAUCUGUUCUGCUAGUAAAAUCUAAAUAUGCACCCUUCUUAUGCUCCUACUGAAAAUGUAUCUCUGGACACUAUGGUUUCACAAUAGACAUUGGUCAUCAUAUAUGAAUGAAAAGAGCCUCCCAGUACUGUAGUCAUUUAUCUGCCAGGUCCAUUACUAGUAGGGUGGCCAGAUAUCCUGAUUUUAUAGGGACAGUCAUGAUUUUGGGGUCUUUUUCUUAUAUAGGCUCCUAUUACCCCCUACCCCCUGUCCCGAUUUUUCACAUUUGCUGCCUGGUCACCCUAAUUACUAGGAUGAUUAUAACCUGCAGAGUUCUCUGGCUUACGUCUUGGGGGAAAUGUCUGGAAAAUCUUUUCUAUUUUUCAACCAGUCCCUUGCACGGGCCAGGAUAAGUGUUGCCCACUAGGGGGUCAGGGCUCACUCACUCACUCACUCUUUAGCCAGGAUAACGCUUUGUUGGAGCAGAUCUGUGAAACUGCAGUUUGGUGUUCCAAAGCUACUUUUAUAAGACACUGUAAAGUAGACACUUAUUAUGACUUUGCCAAUAGGUCUUCAGCUAAAUCAUUCCGGCAUCUGUGCUUGAAAAGUAAUCUGUUCUUUUUGAGGGGCUGCUAUUUAGAUCCUGGCAAAUUAGAGACUUUGCUUGUCCAUUUGGAGAUAAUUUUUUUUUUUUUUAAAUCUGUGUCUUAUUUGUAAAUGGACUUUAUGGACAAGGUCAGAAUCCACUGACACUAUUCUUUAGCUAUAAUCUACCGGUGGUUUUAUUUUGUAUGUUUUUCACUUCCUAUUUCUCAUUCGGACAAUCAUUUUCCCUUGCACUGCAGUCUUUCUGGAGAAAGUUCUUUCACUUUUAGUUACCGUUCUCUGUUUUAUUUCCCUUAAGGUACCUCUCCCCUCCCCUCUCAGCUUCUGUCUGUAGCUUUAGUACUGUAGCAUUUGCAGUUGGGAUGUGAUUGGCGGUUUAAGAUCAUUCUGCAGUUCCACCAGGUCUGCUCAAGCGUGAUGUUAGAGACUUACGUUGUCGGAAAAAUGACCAUUUAUAAGUAAGAAAAGUAUCCAAGUCACAGAACAAGUGCAAAAUGAGUAGUUCUGCUGAAAAUGUGCUCACACUGAGCCUCACAAGCCAUUUUUACCAUUGUUGUUCAUUAUUUCUAUUACACUACAUUACUUAGACUAUAUUUUAGAGCAGGGGCCAGCUUUUUUGUGUGUUUGUACAGCACCUAGCUUGAUGUUCUGCCACCACACAAUAAAUAAAUAAUAAUUAAGAGAUCCCAGCCAAGUCAGCGCCCCAUUGCACUAGGCUCUACGUAACAAAUAUAUUUACAUAUAAUCAAAUAAAAGGUGCAGGUAGGACUGGAUAACAAUAGUCUGAGCAUGUUCUUUCACAGCUGUGUGUAUAGUUUGUAAGCGUAGAGUUUUUUCUGCUGUUUGUAUUAAUAAGCAGAUCAGUAGUAGCAGCCGAGCCUCACCACCUCUAGGGGAACUUUUAACAUGUUUCAUAAAUUAUUCUGACAUACUUGUUUAAUAAUCCUUCUCACCCAUUAACUUCUAGUGUGAAUUUAUAACAUUUCUCUGAGCUAUUAUCAAGUUAGUAAAUGGUAUUAUUAAUUAUUACUGGGAUGUGCUGUGAGGAGAGUGUGAGGAUAUUAUCAUACUGAACACUGUCUUCUGUAAAUAUACAGUAUAAUUAACAUUCAAUGCAGCUGUAAAUUCUGGACAGAGAGUUUCAUUUGCAUUGAUAUAUUCCAAUUAUUGAACAGGCUUUGAGAAAUGAAUGAUCAAGUAUUAUAUUAGAACAGCACUGCUUCAGCAUUGGACGGUAACCUUCAGGUCUCUGAGGUAGGUGUGUAGAUUUUCCUGUGUGGUCUUCUGGUCAGAGCUUGAGAGCUGUAAUAGGCUCCAGUCCUCUGUGGAUUGAGCAGAGAGUAGCACAUGUAAUAUACACUGACUGGUGUAACACACACUGACAUAUGCACCACAAAUUACAACCACUAACAUGCCGGAAGGGUUUCACCUUUCCCAGACAGAACUGUAUUUCUCACAAUGGGUCUUUUCUCCCUUUAAUGUUUUUUCCUUCUCGUGCUUAUCUUCUGCUAUCUUUUUGUAUGGUGAAAUUCACAAAUGCCACACAAAACCCCUAUAAACGGAAUAAGAGAGCUUCAUAUGACUGUCCGGAGCAGGUGUUUAAGGAGACAGAAUCUACCCUGUGGGGAUGCAGUACAGGCUUUGCACAGUCUGUCUUUCUAUGCAGCAGCUAUUAGACAGGAACCAUGUGAGGAGCUAUUUGUGCUCUCUCUGACAUAGCCCCAGCAGUCCCCUCUAAAACAGCACAGAGCCAGCGUGGAGCCUACCUCCUAAGCACAGGAUCUUUGUAAGGGUCCACCAAGCCAUACCCCACAGGAUGGUUUCACAAUGGUCCCCCAUUAUCAGCCUCAAUAGCAAACAAGUCAACGUUCCUAGAUUCAGCCUGUGCUGUCCUCAUUUCACUUCAUAGAUCAGUUGCUUUUGAGUAAUGCAAUGAGAGAGAUGAACUGCAUUCGCUUAUCCUGAGGCUGCGUGCAUUAGCAUCAUGUGUGCCCUGAUUUUGUCCUUUGAGUCCCAUAGUCCUUCAUGAACAUGGAUCUCGUGUGUGACAACAUAACAGUACACUACAUGGGCAUGCUAAAUUCUCCAUGUGACAGGAAAAAUAAUGUCUUGCUUUGCUGGAAGGGACACGUGCCUCCAAAGAAUCCUGGCAACCCAAGUGUAAUACAGUUUAACUGACUUGUGCUUUCCAUUUCCAGCAGACAUUUACCAGAGUUUUCCAAUGAGUGAAUAAUUUAGGCAUUCAUUUGAAGUAUUUAAUUUAAGAAUGAUUUUAGGCAUGUGUAUCAAAUGCACUCAGGAUGUUAUAAAUUAUUAUACAGUACUGCACAUUUUUGUAACAUUAGAAGGUUUCACUUGCUUGCUUUCCCUUUAAUAUGCAAUAUACAGUUCUUGGUGCUGGUAGAAAGCAUAAUUAUGUGUUUCCUAAUGUCACUCUGAGAAGAAUAGGGAGUUAGCCUUUAAAGUAAUCUCUCUGAUCUUUCAUUACAAAAUGUUUAAUUUACAGUAGCAUCACGUGUUACAGGUAUUUUGCUGAAUCUAUUUGUGUGAGUUUUCUCCUUGUAAUCCAUUCAAAAGAGACCCCAAGAAGAAUUUCAGAGGCUUGAGCUAUCAUGAGCAAUGUGGCUGAAAUAUCUAUAUUCCACUUUAACAAAUGUGACAUCAUAUCUCUAAGGCAACCUGUAUUCUGGCAAACAUGGGAACAAGGACACUGCAUGGAUUUCCAUUUGGUUCCUGCAACAUAAAAGAGAUCUGAGACAAAAUCAAUAUGGACUGUGCUAAACUAUUAGGAUUCAUUUUCACAAUUAAUUAUACCUAAGGGAGUGUUUCCUUUAUUCUACUGCAAAUGUAAUUCAGAACUAGUAAAUGUUGAAUGAGACUGUUUUUCUAGCAGUGUCAUCUCUACAUUUAGCAUAGGAUUGCAUGACUGUAAUGGCUUAUAAUAUAGUAAUUUGACAUCCUUUAUUUUGAAAGUAGGGAACCUAACAUAGUACUUGAACAUGUCUCUUUUAUAAUGUGGGCUCUAAGAACUCUUUACAUUUAAAUAUGCAUAAUUUAUUUUUUCUCACCUGAUAUAAUGGCUUUAGGCAGCGUUGUGAAAUUUUCCUUUGGCAUUUAGUUAAAACAAAUGUAAUAUGUCAUUGCCAAUGGUACUAUAGAAACCUGAGAUACGUGCUUCAGUGCUUUCCUCAAAGGCAUCUUAAAGGGACUCUCAUAGAUGUUGUCAUAAUGAAAACAUUUUGUUGAUUUUGUCUGAAAGACCCUGGGCCUGAUUCCCCUAAACUGAUGUAAAUCACAAGUAACUCAAUUAAAGUCAACAUUGUAAAACCCAGUGUGAUGAGAGAAUCAGGCCCAAUGAAUGUUUUCAGUUACAGUUCUUUUCUCAACGCUUUAUAUAAUCUGUAUUAAAAAGAUGAUUAUACAGAUAAUUGUGUCUCAGUUCCUUCUCUAGGAAAUUGUGGUAGAAAUCUUUACGAGAGUUUCAGGAGUUCACCUGAGUUAGGCAAGCCACCUUAGGCUCAUGGAUGUUUCUUACCAAAUCUUCAUUUAUAUCUUGUGCAAUCCCCUUGGCUGGUACUACACUGAGAGAUUUCUCAAAUUUUCCCUCCAUUGCACUAUUAUAACUGCAACUACAUCCGUGCUAGCCAUGGUGGGAACGCUAACAUAGACUGACUAUUGGUGUUUAUAUUGUCAAACCCAGCUUAGAACAAGCAUAAAUGAGACAAAUGUCAAAAUACCAGGGUAUUUUGGGUAGGAGGGUUUUCAAGAAAUGCUCACUAUAGACAAGGCCACUGAAUUGAGAGCAGAGCAUAUAAAUCAGUAAUGAAUGUAUCUCUUGUUUUUCACAAAAUCUAAUUGCUAAAAGAUAGAAGCAAUCUGUUAGGGUAUGCAGUCCACCUCCCUGCCAAUGCCACAUGGUUUGUGGUCUAGUAUCUUGUCCAUUUGAAGGCCAUGUCUACCCUCGCACUCAUGUCAGCAAAACUUCUGUUGCUCAAGGGUGUGAAAAAAACCCACCCCGAGUGAUGUAAGUUUUUCCGGCAUAAGUGCUCGUGUGCACAGCGCUAUGUCGGCGGGAGAUGCUUUCCUGCUGACAUAGCUACCACCACUCAUUGAGCUGGUUUUAUUAUGUUGACAGGCGAGCUCUCUCCCAUUAGCAUAACGCGGCUACACGAGCGCUCUGUAAGCUUUUAAGUGUAGACAUGGCCUAACUUUAUAUGUUCUGAAAUGCAGGACUGUCAUCUGUUCCUCUUGGGAAGCCAUUCCACACUAUUAAUACAGCACUCUGUCAGAAACUGUGACAUUCAACUAAAGUUUCUUUUUUACUUUCUAUUGUUUCUAGAGCUGGCAAAAUAGCUGAGAAAACAGGUUUCCGUUGUAAAAUGAAGUGCAGUUGAAUUAGAAAUGCUGAAUGAAAUCAUGUCAAUGUUGUCAUAAUUUUGUUUUGGAGAAAAAAAGAGUGUGUGGUGGGGAGAACUCUGACAAUGUCAAAAUGUCCCAUUUCAAGGUUUUUUUAAAUAAAAAGUUUCAGAUUUUCCUUUUGAAACAA